UUUCGGUAUCUGACUCGACUUCUUUUUGUUCAUGGAGCUUGGAGUCAUGCCCGUCUAUGCAAGCUUAUCUUGUAUUCUUUUCACAAAAACAUUUGCUUAUAUGUCAUUGAAUUAUGGUUUGCAAUUGUCAGUGGCUGGUCUGGACAAACUCUUUUCGAACGGUGGACGAUUGGGUUGUAUAAUGUGAUAUUUACAGCCGCCCCACCGUUGGCGAUAGGUUUGUUCGAUCGGACCUGCAGUGCAGAAACCAUGUUAAAAUUUCCAGCCUUGUAUAAAACAUCUCAGUCAUCAGAAUUCUUCAAUGUGCAAGUAUUUUGGGUGUGGAUAUUUGAUUCAAUUGCUCAUUCCAUUCUUUUGUUUUGGCUCACAUAUCUUAGUAUAGACCAUGAUAUAGUGUGGUCUAGUGGGAAGGAUGGAGGAUAUCUUGUCUUUGGGAACAUUGUAUAUACAUUUGUAGUAGUGACUGUCUGCCUGAAAGCAGGAUUAGAAAUGAAUGCUUGGACUUGGUUAACACAUUUAGCUAUUUGGGGCAGUAUAGCAAGUUGGUUUAUAUUUCUUUGGGGCUACAGCAAUUGUUGGCCCAUGCUACCUAUUGCAGCUGAUAUGGUAGGAAUGGAUAUCAUGGUUCUGUCUACUGGUGUGUUUUGGAUGGGAUUAAUCAUUAUUCCAAUGAUUGCCCUCAUUGGUGAUUUCACUUUUAAAGUGAUACGAAGAUCUGUGAGCAAAAGCUUAGCAGAAGCUGUUCGAGAGAGUGAGAUAGCGAACGCAGAUCCCGCUACAGUAAUUGUGCAUGCAACGAGACAGAGGCUUACAGAAACUGCAAGGUUACUAAAAAAUGUUUUCAGAAGACCCUCUUCCCAUGUUUCUGCAGUUCCUUUGGAGAUGGAACUACAACAUUCAGAAAAGGAUGUAUCUGAAGAGUGUGAGAGAUCAAGUAUUCAUUCUGAUGAUAGUGACUUUAUUCCACCAUUAAGGGAAAAAGUAAGAAGACUGCAAUCCAGUGAUACCAGUGAAAGUGUAGAAAAUUUAGAUGUAUAUAGUGAAGAUUAUUCUUUUAGUGAUUGAUAGCAAAACCUUAAAAAGACAUAGUAUUCCCAAUUGAUUGGAUUCUUCAAUUGCUCCAGUGCCUUAAAGCAUCUGUAAUUCCCCCCCCCAAAAAAAUAUGUUCAUUUAUUUGUAUACGAGGGCUAUCCAGAAAGUAGAUUACAUUUU